AUGGCUGCUGCCUCGUCCACUGUUGUCCCGUCGUCUUCUUCUUCUUCUUCUUCAUUCUCAUCUUCCUCCUCUCGUUGGACUUAUGAUGUGUUUUUGAGUUUCAGAGGAAAAGACACACGAAAUAACUUCACACGUAACCUCUAUAAUGCCCUGGUCAAGAAAAGGAUCGAAACAUUCAUGGACGAUGAGAAACUGAAAAUAGGAGAUCUGCUCUCUGAGGCGCUCAAAAAGGCAAUCAAUGAAUCAAGGUUUGCUAUUAUCAUAUUCUCAAGGAACUAUGCUAAUUCUAGGUGGUGCCUAGAAGAACUCGCCUUGAUUAUGGAAGUCUGGGAAAAGCAUCAUUGCCAAAAGGUUUUCCCAAUUUUUUUUAGGGGUGUCGAUCCAUCGGACUUACAGCACCAGACGGGGAGCUUUAGAGAACCUUUUGGAAAGCACAAAAAGCGCUUCGACCGAGAGAUCGUGGAAAGGUGGAGAACAGCCUUGAGAGUUGCUGCUCAACUCUCUGAGUCCGGAUGGAUCUUAAGAGAUUUCGGAGAUGAAGAGAAGCUGAUUAACAACAUAGUGAAAGACGUCUCCAAUGCGCUGAGUGAGAUCCCUUCUCCAAAGCCCGUGAUAGAGAUCCCAACCGAUCCAAUAAUCGAGAACCAGCCAUCAACUCAGCGCAUGCUGCGACAGAUUCUUGAGUGCAUAGGUGACCCUAAUCCACGUUUUAGCAUCAUUGGAGUGUCUGGUAUGGGGGGUGUGGGUAAAACCACUCUGGUUAGAGAAGUAAACAAUCACUUGGAAAAUGAUUUGGCCAGAGGAGUUGAGAUACCUUUUGAAACUGUGGUAAUGGUCACCGUGUCAGCUACUCCCAACAUAACAAGUAUCCGAAACUGUAUCACUGAGCACCUGGGAUUACCAAAGAAUAGUGGGGCUCAUGUCUUGUUUGAAGCCCUAAGGAAGAAGAAAUUUCUUCUAAUUUUGGAUGGCGUGUGGUGCAAAUUAAAGUUUGUGAAUAUUGGAAUCCCUCACCCAGCUCGAAGCAACAAAGGGAGCAAGAUCCUUGUGACCAGCCGGAGUAAAGAUGUCUGCACUGAUAUGGGUGCUAGAAAAACAAUAAAAGUGCAGCCAUUAACAGAAGCUGAAUCAUGGGAGCUUUUUGUUGAAGUAGCUGGUGAACAUGUUGUUGCCAAUGGCAUAAAGUGCUUUGCUGAAAAGCUGGUUGGAAGGUGUAAGGGUCUCCCUCUUGCAAUUGUCACUGUUGGUCACGCAAUGGCAAAUCGACGGGGAGUUAGGGAGUGGGCAAAUGCCGUAAGGGAAAUGGAGCUAUCAGCCACAAAUCUUCGAGGUAUGAUAGAUGAAGUAUUCAUUCCUUUAAAAUUCAGUUUUGACAGAUUGGAUGAUAAUAUUCUUAGGAGUCUAUUUCUUUAUUGUGCUUGCUUCCCUGAAGACUAUAACAUAAAAGAAGAUAUGAUAUUAGAUUAUUGCGUUGGAGAGGGAUUAAUAGAUGGUUUAGGUAGUCUCGCAGCUGCUGGGGAUAAAGGUCAGGCUUUAAUAGGAAACUUGAAAAUUGCUUGCAUGUUAGAAGAUGGAGAGGAGAAAGAUAGUGUGAGGAUGCAUGAUGUGAUGCGGAAGCUUGCACUUUGGAUUACAGAGUCUGAUGGUAAUCCCAAGUUCUUGACAAGGACAGGUGAAAUUUUGAAAGAGGCACCGCAGUCUCAUGAGUGGGUAGAUGCAACAAGGAUUUCACUAAUAGAUACCCAAAUAGAGAAGUUGCCGAAAUUAGGUGGGACUUGCCAAAAACUAUCAACUUUGCUAUUGAGGGAUAAUAGGAUCCUCACUGUCAUUCCCCAAACAAAUUUCUUACAACAUAUGGAUCAUCUUAGUGUACUAGAUCUUUCUAACACAGAGAAACUGGAAUAUCUCCCAGAUUCCUUGUCAUGUUUGGUGAAUCUUAAGGUGCUUAGGUUACAGUGGUGUCAAAGUUUGAGAGAAUUGCCAGUACUGGGAAACCUUCGACAGCUCCAAGUUUUAGACUUGAGAAAUUGUUGUCAUGAGUUAGACUUGCAAAGCUUGGGAGAUAUGAGUAAUUUAAGAUACUUGGAUGUGUCAUAUUCUCCGGUUUCAAUUCCAGUGGGGGUAAUUUCUCGUUUGAACAAAUUGGAGGACUUGAGAUUAUGUGGAGCCUAUAACAUAAAAUGGAGGGUUAGUGGUGCUGAUGAUGAUGAAAAAUGGAAUGGGAUGGGUGUGUGUUCCCCUAUUGAUGUGGAAGAGUUGUCCCACUUGACCUAUUUAACAUCUAUUUUUAUUUGCUUUGAAGAUAUCAUUAUUUCUGAUUGGUUCAAACCUUUGGCCAAGAAGAUUAAGGUAUUGUGGCUGAAACGUUGUACAGUCAUGAAACAAGACGCUCUACAAGCCCUCAAUGAAUCCAAAAAUCUACGGAACUUAAAAAUUCAGGAUUGCUUGGGUGUGACAACUAUGCCAACUCGUGUUGUAGAAAAAGUUCUAAUACAGAAUUGUGAGGAUUUGGAGGUGGUGUUGGAUGGAGCGGAGGAGGAUUCCAUUGAGAUGUUAUACCUGCAAAGAUCACCAAAAUUGAAAAGGAUAUGUGGUAGUCUUGCACCACUAAAUAGCUUUGCUAAACUAUCGGAGAUAGGGUUAGAGCAAUGCAAUAGCUUGAAGAUGAUCUUCACCAAAGGAAUGCCUCGUCUGUUCACCAACUUAAAGGAAAUAAAAGUUCAGGAUUGUGAGAGAAUGGAAGUAAUAAUUGAAGAAGAUGAAGAAGAAGUUGCAAGUGUCAUCUCACCAUUCCCAAGACUAAAUACAUUAUGGCUAAUUGAUUUACCAGCACUAACUGACCUAGAUGAAGAGAAGUUGAUUAAAAAGAUAGUGAAAGACGUCUCCAAUGCGUUGAGUGAGAUUCCUCCUCCAGAGCCUGUGAUAGAGAUCCCAACCGAGCCAAUAAUCAAGAACCAGCCGUCAACUCAACGCAUGCUGCAACAGAUUCUUGAAUGCAUAGGUGACCCUAAUCCACGUUUUGGCAUCAUUGGAGUGUGUGGUAUGGGGGGUGUGGGUAAAACCACUAUGCCAUUAACGAAAGCUGAAUCAUGGGAGCUUUUUGUUGAAGUAGCUGGUGAACAUGUUGUUGCCAAUGGCAUAAAGAGCUUUGCUGAAAAACUGGUUGGAAGAGGAAAAGACACACGGAAUAACUUCAUACGUGACCUCUAUAAUGCUCUGGUCAAGAAAAGGAUCGAAACAUUCAUGGAUGAUGAGAAACUGAAAAUAGGAGAUUUGAUCUCUGAAGCGCUCAAAAAGGCAAUCAAUGAAUCAAAGUUCGCCAUUAUCAUAUUCUCGAGGAACUAUGCUAAUUCUAGGUGGUGCCUAGAAGAACUCGCCUUGAUUAUGGAAGUAUGGGAAAAGCAUCAUUGCCAAAAGGUUUUCCCAGUUUUCUUCAGGGGUGUCGAUCCAUUGGACUUGCAGCACCAGAAGGGGAGCUUUAGAGAACCUUUUGGAGAGCACGAAAAGCGCUUCGGCCGAGAGAUGGUGGAAAGGUGGAGAUCAGCCUUGAGAGCUGUUACUCAACUCUCUGGGUUUGGAUGGAUCUUAAGAGAUUUUGGGUAA